CCCUCUCUCAUCCCUACCCGAUCUUCCUUUCUCCCUCUCUCUCUCUCGCAUGCUCUCUGCUAGGCUUGAACGACGACGGCAGGGGCUCGGGGAAUGGUGGUCGACGGCGGCAGGGGGGUCGGGGUCGGACUGUUCGGCGGCAGGGGGCUCAAGGCUGGGCUCGACAGCAACGAUUGGUGGCUCGGGGCUGGGCUCGACAACAACGACUGGUGAUUCGGGGCUGGGCUCGACGGCGGGUGGGGGGUUUCAGGUCUGGGCUCGACGGCACAGGGGCUGGGCAGAGGGCUGUUUGGCUUCGGUGCUGAACGUUUCAAAGAACAACACAUUGUUGAAUGAUUUUACUGCUAUUUUUAGAGGGAACCCGACAGAGUGGUCAAGGAGUCAAAGUUAAUUUGGUUAUUAACAAAUUUAAAUUUUAAGGGAAUAUUUGGUUGAUUUGCUUGAGAUGCCAGGAGUACUUAGCCAGCCAGACUCUUCACUUAAUAGUGCAUUGUCCAUUUCAGUUUCUUCACCACUUUGCCAUUCUAAAUUUAAAUCUGUCAAGACUGCUCAGAACUUUCAGAUGUUGGAAAAAAUUUAUUUCAUUGAAUUUGGAUCUCUGUCUCUUGCUUUCGACGACAAUUCUUCUGGCGAGAAAAGAAAGAGGCUUGAGGAGGAGAACGGCAUUAUCAUUCGAUUUGUCAUUGGUCAUAGUGCCACAUCAGGGGGCAUUCUAGACAAAGUUGUUGAAGCAGAGGAUAAGAAACAUGGAGAUAUUCUAAGACUGUUUUGCCAUCAACUGGUAUUGGAGCUCUUUCUGUUAGAGAAGCUGAAGGAAGAGCUAAUGUAUCUGUGGGAGAGAAGGGUAAAAGUGUCACACACGCUUCUCAUAUAUAAUUUGGUUUGUCCUUUUUAUGAAUAAUGUAAAAUUAGAACAAUUUUAUUGUAAGGUACAUUAAUAGAGUAUCAAAUUAAAAUAUUUAGAUUGUUAUUAGGACUUAAGAGGUGGUUUGAGUUUUUUUAUGUAUUUAUUUUUUUUAUUUUUAUUGAUAAUGUUGAAAGAUGUUAUAAGUUAGCUUACAUUAUAUGCUAAUGAGAACUUUAAAUUUCUUUUGAUU